UUUUGCACUCAGCAUGUUUCAUCGUAACUCAAAAUGUCAACAUUAAAUUUCUUCAUUUUUCUCGAGGUUUAUCCAACGUAGACUCGAUGGAGAACACCUCAAGGCUUCUCCAAGUCCUCGGUGGUUUAAAAUAUCGAAUAACUGUAGUAAAAUAGUCUUGUUUUGGGGUUUGUUUUGAGACAACUUGAUCUUGCUCGAUUAUCAUGUCGAACCAAGGUUCUCAAAAGAAAAUAAUUUUCCAAGUUGGAACGAGAGUGGAGGCUCAGGACUUUACCAAAAAGUGGUAUCCUGCCAGAAUAUGCCGUGUUGAUCAGUCCAGUAAAAAAGUGUUGAUUCAUUUUGAAGGCUGGAAUCAUCGUUUUGAUGAAUGGAUAGCAUUUGAUUGUGAACGACUGAGACCCAGUAGCAGAACUACAGAAAGUAAAGAAGACAAAGCAGAUAAGGCAGCUAUUGUACAGCAGGAAGUUCAGAUUUACAAGGAGUGGAAAGUUGGCGAUCGUGUUCAGGCCAAGUGGGUUGAUGGCAAGUUCUAUCCUGCCAAGAUAACAAAGAAAAUUGAUGAUGGUGUAUUGGAGGUGUUGUUUUAUGAUGGUGUCAAGAAAAAUAUUCCAAAAAACAACCUUAAGCCUGAUAACAGGAAAGUUCAAGCCUUACCAGUUAGUAAAGAAACCUUGACACAGCAAUCUGAACGAAUGCAAAGGAAAACCAAAUUAGCAAAUGCCAGGGCUGAGAGGGCUAGGAAAAGAAGCAAAGAACAAACAGAUAAUACUCCUGCAGGAGUCACUCUAAAGAGAAAAGACAAACACAAGAAACAAAAGCUUGACACUGAGCCUGCAAGCAAUAAAGAAUCAAGCACACCAAGUCCUGUUCAAGCAAAGAAAAUUGAAACACCAUCCACUGAUGACAAUCAUAAACUUAUCAGUGAGCCAUCUUCACCAGCAUCAGAGGAUGUAGAAGUCUUACUAGAAUCCACAAAAGAAACAAAAGCAAAAAAUGAAAAGACAGAAAAUCAAAUAGUAGARCCAAGAACACAGAAGGAAGAAACGCAAGAUAAGAAUACUAAUGAAAGUGAGAAAAAAUUAGGAACGUCAACUGAUAUGGAAAUGCCACAAAAUAAAAAAUUAGAAUCUCAAAAAAACGAAAAUGAAAAAGAAAGUUUUUCUACUGAAAAUCCAGAGGAAAGCUCAGAGGACAACACUUGUACAAGUGCUGUAACUAGUCUAGAGGCUCAUGAAGAGAGCAGUAAAGAAAAAACUGAAUUUAAAAAAGUAACAGAUUUCCCAAAAGACUUAGAAAGACUUCCAACCAAGGAUAAAGGCUUAUUAAGAACUGAUAACAAAGGUAAUAGCACAGAGAGAGGCAAAGAAGGGUUAGAGUUGGCAUCAACAAGAACAAGAGUUGAUGAUAGRGAUUUUGUUUCAGAUAAAGCACUGCCUGAAAAUAUUGAGAAGAAAACAGAUGAAAUUAAUCAGGAAAAGGAAAAAGAUGAUAGAGUAGAACAUGACAUUGUUGUCAAGGAACCAGAAGUGACUGGUAAAACACAGGAGCAGCAGGAUUCUGGAAGACGUGAAGUAAAAAGUAUCGACGAACAGCCUGAAAAGAACAGUAUUUCUAAUGAGGUUCACACAGAACAGCCUAAAGAAAUGAUAGAAAAUAAAACCACAGCAAAGAAAUUGACCAAGGUGUCUCCUAAGACACAGAAGAAAGUGAAAGGGAAUCAGAAUGGGACUGGAGAGAAGAAGAGAGCAACGAGAAGCCGUAGUGCCAUAAGCCCUCGAGGAUAUGGCUACUCCAUGGCUGUAAUGCAUCCUGAGGUAUCUAAACCUGACCCUUCUCCUUUGGAGACUAAACCAACGCRUACAGACCAGGCAACAGAAUCCAUUGAUACUAUUAUUGACAGCUUGGGUGAGGACACUGCUGUUGUUGAACUAGAGCCAGAUACUUCAGAAAGUUGUAAGCAGRAUACUAGUAAUGAAGCUGAUGCAUCUCAAAACCAAACUCAAGUCAAACGGAAAAAGAACUUUCAAGCCAAGAAGCUUAGACUUGAUCAAAUUACUGUUAAAUUAUCUGCGCAGCGGCAGAGUGAAGCAGAGGCUGCAGUGCAAUCACCUUCAGCUUUCCAGAYGACACCUGUACAACAAUCUUCCCCACCUCCUCUGAUGGCAACUCCACCUCCAGCCACCCUGCCUACCCCUCCCCCACAGAAGGCACCCACUCCACCUGCCGCUCUUGCUGGUCAUCACUACCCAAUGGAUACAUAUAGUGUACCUCCUCCGCCGCUGAUAUAUGCACCAAUGGCAGCACAGUGUUGCUCAAAUCCUCACUGUCAACAGCAUGGAAGCAUCUACCCUCCACCUCCCAGAGCACAGCUUCAUGGUGGCAUAUCACACCCUAUGCACCUACCACCCUCUCAUCUUCAUCCACACUCGGCAGGGUAUGUCAUGUACCCCCCUGGAAAUGUACCUACUUAUGAUACAAGGCCACCGAUGCCAUGUUCAUGUGCCAGGUGUACUGGUGCAGUAUACCAUCACAUACCACCUGACGCUAGUCCACAUCAUGAGAGUGCCCUGGCAAGGCUUAUGCAAGUAGAGCAAAGAAUCCUACACCCAGGGCCAUCACCUCACAUGGCUCAUUAUAGGGAUGGUGCUUCACAUCAUGGUCCCUGGCUACCCCAUGGACAUCCUCAUGCUGCUCAAUAUUGUCCCUUACCUCCAAAGCAUGAAGAAAUGUGGAGACAUGAACGCCCUCCAAAAUCUCCUUCCCACAUUUCUCCUGUACCAGAAAGUGAAGCAACUAAAAUGAUAAGAAGAUGGAAGAAUGAACGAACAUUACAUCCGGCCUCCUCCACUGCGGAUGUUACACCAGGACAACCCGAUAGAUCACCUGAUCACGGUAAACACGGGGACUUGAUACAUAGAGGAUCUUCAUCUACAACUCCAAAAGAACUAAAGAAACAGACAGAAAAGACCUUGAAGGAGAGUCCGAAGAGCAAAGAAAUAGAAAAAGACAAUUCUUCACCAAUGACUGUUCAAUCUAAAUUUAGUGAGGGCCAGUUAGAUCAACAGUUUAGCUCUGUUGCUGCUGCUAGUAAUUUUCAGAGCUCAGAUGCUAAUACACCAAUGUAUAGUCAAGCAGCUUCAUUUGGAGGAAAGCGUCCAUGAGAUCAGAUGGUACCCCAGAAAGUUCUCCUGAUGUUGCUGGUCCUAAUUUAGCCAAGCGUCGCUGUCAUCGCUCCUCAGCUCCUGGGCAACUGUCUACAGAAUCAYUACCAGAAAUAUCACCAUCUGAAUCAAAACACGACAUCACUACAGUACUGGAAUCUCUUGCUGUCAAGGUAGAAUCACCAGUUAAAUCUAAUUUACAGGACACUGAUCUGGAGAUUGAGCCAGGGACUGAAGCAGAUGCCAUGUACUGUGGUUCAAUAGAAAGUAUUGAAGUGGAGGAAGAGGAUGUGAGUACUGGGGAUGUGAUACGAUGUCGCUGUGAGGAGACUGAUGAAGGUGGCUUCAUGAUACAGUGCGAGCAGUGUUUAACAUGGCAGCACAGUGAGUGUGUAGGCUUAACGGAGCAGACUGUACCAUCUAAGUAUCUGUGCUACGUCUGCAGUAAUCCCAAAGGYCUAAGAAGACGAGCCAAGUAUAGAAACGACUUUGAUUGGUUUAGGAAAGGUUCGCUUCCAUCCUUCUCGUUCUUGUCUGAGACAGAAGAGAAUCCAAGUUACAAGAGUCAAAUAUCAUUAUCAACACAUGAUCUGAUGUCUGAUAUGCAUAGUGUCGAUAGUGUACUGAAGAGUUUACGUGUUAAACUGGACAUACUCAGAUCACCCAACCAUCCUGCCUUGGGAAUGUGGUACAAACCAACAAACAAGACUGACGAAGACCCAGACUCAGCACUAAAAAGCCCUAGCAAUCUAGACUCUAUAAAACCAUCAAUCGAAACAUCGUUACUGAUGGUCAAAAAAGACCCUUUUCCAAACGGGCUUGAAAGACCUAAAACGCCUCUGAGAGAUCACAAUCAGAAUGGUAUAGAGAAUACUAGCAUCUCUAAUGGAAAUGGACUGUUAAAUGGAGAGGUGGCCUCUCAACAAGGCCCAGGGAAUUUGACUGUCAAUUCGAGUGUAAAUAAUAAUACCGAAGGAACUGAAGAAGAAGAAGCCAUCAGUCCUCUGCCUCCUCUCGUUCCUGUGGGUGGCACAGCCCAAGGGAAUACCCAAACAACUGAAUUCAAUUCUAAAAAAAUAGAUAAAAAAGGACUGAACAACAAUGUAGAAAAGCAAAGAGAAGAUUCUGGGGUGGCUGUACUGAUAGCAGAUCAGGAUAAGAAUGAAACAAUCAAUACACCCAGUUCAUCUGAGAAUACUGUACAUAAGAAUGAUGUUGUUGAUGCGUUGGGUCCAAACGAGACCGAGGAUGAUGUAGCCAUGAGUAAUUUAAUAAAUGAUGUUGCAGAACUGCAAGAAUCACUGGAAUCUAGGAUGGAUGUCAUUGAACGACAGAUUGAAGUUUUGGAACAAACACAAGAAAACUACGAUGAGCUUGACUCGGCCAAACCAGAUCUUAGAAAACUAGCUAAAGAUUUAAAUCGUAUAAAGCGUCUGGCGUUACAUGUUGGAUGAUGGGUGUUGGUGUAGAGAUCCUGUAAUGAC